UGUCCGACUUCAAGCGCAGCUGCCUCCUGCUACAGGAUAGCCUUAUCGACAACCAUGCGUUAACAUUGACUUGAGCGGCGCGCAAUGGCGCUGGAUCUGGAAGAAGGAUACGUGGCCAAAGGCAUGGCACAAGGAGGUGUCGAAAAUGCCCUGCCUAUUUUCAAUGUCGAACGCGUCCAACUGCAGUUCAACAUCGCCUCGGAUUUCGUCGCUGGCCAGGUCGCCAACAACGUGCUGAUCCUCGCACUUGCUACGGGUCGCAUCCUCCGAAUAGACCUAGAAAGCCCCUCGGACAUCGACGAUGUUGACCUUCCUAAGAAGACCAGCGAGGUUGGCCUCAUUCGACGCAUGUUUCUCGAUCCUUCUGCCUCGCAUCUUAUCAUCAGCACCACCCUCGGAGAGAACUUCUACCUUCACAGUCAGUCCAAGCAGCCAAAAGCUCUGUCGCGAUUGAAAGGCGUUUCUAUCGAAUCCAUUGCCUGGAAUCCCUCCCAACCCACAGCUUCUACGCGCGAGAUUUUAGUUGGAGCCACCGAUGGAAACAUCCACGAGAUCUACAUUGAACCGGCAUCGGAGUUCUACCGCCGCGAAGAACGGUAUUCUGCUCAUGUAUGGAAAAUACCAGAAGGAGCCGUGACAGGCCUCUGGGCUGAAACGGUUCAGGGCAAGUCUGACACGCGGAGGGUCAUGGUUGCAUCGCACUCAAGAUUAUACCAUUGGAUCGGGAAGACAGGUGGACGAGGGAGAGAAGGCUCUGCAUCGAUUUAUGCGGAUUUGUUCUCGAAGGAAACUCCUAGCACGCACGAAACAACGGGCGCGUCCUCUACGGCGCCGUCUUCCUUAUCAGUGUCGCCCGAGUUGCCAGAUGCUGCAGCAGAAGAGGACAGGAGCUUCGCUUGGUUAUAUUCUCAAGGAGUACUGACAGGCAAAUUGCUUACGUCUCCGGCGACAUCCGACUUAGGCGGCCGAAUUUUCAGGGAGGCUAAAUUGCACCCUCGUUCCAUCUUCCCAGAAACAAUGUCUGCUCGUGGAGGGAGAAAGCUCAUUCAAGACCCGAUAGCGUCGGUGAUCUUAUCACAAUGGCAUGUUCUGGCCCUUGCCGAGGGUCGCAUCGUUGCUGUCAAUCGUCUAGAUGGUAGCGUCGUAUACGACCAGACCGUUCUAGAAGCGGGACAAAGUGCUCUUGGAUUGGUUGCCGACCAGAAGAAGAAUACGUAUUGGCUUUUCACGAGUCAAGAAAUCUUCGAAGUUGUGGCACACGACGAGGAGCGAGACAUUUGGAAGAUCAUGCUUCAGAAUCAAGACUAUGAUGCUGCUCUGCGAUACGCCAAAGGGACCGCACAGAAGGAUUCCGUUGCUACUGCUUCUGGAGACUAUCUCUCUAGCAAAGGACAAUAUAUGGAAGCUGCCAGCGUCUGGGGAAGAAGUAGCAAAGCCUUUGAAGAAGUCUGCCUCUCGCUCAUCGACAACGGACAAGAAGAUGCUUUAAGGAAAUAUCUCAUGGCCAAGCUUGGGACGUACAAGAAAUCCUCCAUCAUGCAGCGAGUCAUGAUUGCGACAUGGCUAAUCCAGAUAUUCAUGGCCAAGCUGAACUCUCUCGACGAUAUGGUGGCUACCAAAGCAGAGCUGCUCGAGAAUACUGACGCAGGCGGUGCGAAGCGGGACUUGGAGCAGACACGAAGCGAGUACCAAGAUUUUGUGACCAAAUAUAAAUCGGAUCUGGACGCCAAAACAGUAUACGAGGUGAUAGCGAGUCACGACAGAGAAGAGGAAUUUCUCUUUUUCGCGAACACGAUCACAGACUAUGAUUAUGUUUUGUCAUACUGGGUACAACGAGAAAAAUGGAAUGAAGCGCUCUCGGUGCUCAACAAGCAGAGCAACCCAGAGACAUUCUACCGGUACAGCAAUGUGCUCAUGACUCAUGUGCCCACUGGGCUGGUUGAGAUUCUUAUGCGACGAAGCAACAUCGAUGCACAAAAGAUGAUUCCGGCGCUUCUCGCAUAUAACGAAACAGCCAAUGUGCCGCUGGCCCAGAACCAAGCGGUUCGAUAUCUGAAUUUUGUUGUGACAAACAACUUCGAGCUACCGGCAUCUGUACACAAUGCGCUCAUUUCGAUCAUGGCCUCACAUUCUUCGUCUUCGGAAAGUGCGCUGCUGAGUUACCUGGAGAGCCAGCCGUCUCCUCCUCUGUAUGACGCGGAUUUCGCACUGAGGCUUUGCAUCCAGCAUGGUCGGGUACAGUCCUGUGUGCAUAUCUACAGCGCGAUGGGACAAUAUCAGCAAGCUGUCGAACUCGCUCUAGAACAUGAUGAUAUUGACCUGGCUGCUAUCGUAGCAGAUCGACUGGAGGGAAAUGACAAGCUGAGGAAGAAGUUGUGGUUGUUGAUCGCGGAAAAGAAAAUCAAAGAGGCUGAAUCCAUCAAAGAAGCCAUCAAUUUUCUGAAACGGUGCGAACUGCUCAAGAUUGAAGACCUGAUCCCGCUAUUCCCUGAUUUCGUGGUCAUCGACGAUUUCAAGGAAGAAAUCUGCGAAGCUUUGGAGGAAUACUCGCGGCACAUUGAUAGCCUGAAGCAGGAAAUGGACCUCUCCCAACACACGGCCGAACAGAUCAAGGCCGAGAUUGCCGCAUUGGACCAUCGCUACGCCAUUGUCGAAUCAGGUGAGCGAUGUUGGAUCUGCACCCUCCCGGUGCUGAGCCGUCAAUUCUUUGUGUUCCCAUGUCAGCACGCCUUUCACAGCGACUGUCUUGGGAAGCGAGUAUUGGAAAGCUCGGGAACCAGCAAACGCAAGCGCAUCAAGGAUCUUCAAACCGAAGUCAACCAGGGGUUGAGCGUCGGGGUACAACGGCAGAAGCUAGUGCAAGAACUGGAUGGGCUAGUCGCCGAGCAAUGUGUGCUUUGUGGGGAUCUUGGUAUCAAGCAGAUUGAUGAGCCAUUCAUCCAUCCGGGCGAUGAUGUGGAGGCAUGGGCUAUCUGAAAUGGCUGCAUUGGCGCACUUUACAUAAUGGCUUACAUAUGUCGGAGGGAGAGGUACUACUACGUAGUACGCUCCAGUGCAGCGAUACCUGUUUCAAGACAGUCAAAGAGUCCCGAACA